AUGGACAUCGUCAUCAGGCCAGGAGCCCUCACGAACGCAUCUUCUCCGGGGUACCGCAACAAAGGAAUACUCCUCGAUGUCAUACACGCAGACCCACAAGCACAGGUACACUUGCGGAACGGCAGCGCGACCAGCGAUGGAACCGCAGCCCAAGCAUCCGAGGCGCGAAAGCGUCAGCACUACGCUCGUCCGGGAGAGGAGGGUUACGAGUUCAUCGAUGAACUUGCGACACAUGCCGUGGGAGGAAGGGACGGAGGAACGAUCGCUCUGAAAGGAGUCUUCAAGGAACGACUUCUUCAGAUCGUUUCGGUGGCUACACAGGUGGCCAUAUCUCGGCGAGUGCAGAGGUACAAGCUCGCAUUGCGCGGGCGUCAAGACGCCGAAAACAGGCGAACAAGAUCGACCUCGAACCAGUCAACGCCAAUGAUAUGGGGAUGGAGUGUAGACGCAUCGAAGAACGCGUUUUCGUUUAAAGUUGGCGUCUUGUUUGAGAUUCGAUGUGACAGAUUUGCGUAGAAUAGGGUAAGAUGUUAUCAUGAACGGAGAAGAAAGGGCUUUUCCAACACGGAGCCAUGGAUCAAAGCAUUUGUUGGAUUUCAGCUUUUUCAAGAGGACAUCAACGCAGUAGUAUUUUAGCAAGCUUACGAACGCAUAGACUAUAGGAUCCCAUGAGGAUUGUCAUUGGUUUUAUUUCAAGUUGAAUAGGAGAUAUUUUUACGAUGUAAGUGACAGUAGAAACAAGUCCUACAUAUGUUGUACUUCGUAUUGGUUUAAUAUUCAUGUAGAG